UGCUCCCGCCCUCCGCCUACCGCCCGGGACCACGCCUCGGCCGCCUCGCGAGUUUAGUGCGAUCCCGGCUUGGCGACGAGAAAGCCGCUCUCUCUAAUUAGUGAUAAGGUUUGACUUGAUACCUGAUAAGGUUAGUUGACUGAUAAGCUGCCUUCAUCUUCCUGUCGGGAAGUUGACGCGUUCGCGGACGUACCCUGUCGAGAUCUCGUGGAUCCUUGUUGACUAGUUUUUAAAUCCAGUGCAAUCGAAGGUCGAUAUUCGGUCUUAGUUAAGUGUUUUUUUUUUUAGUGUUUUUUGCGAAAUUAUUCUCCCGCUAGUGUUUAUUUCUGCCGGAAAAUCGUUGCAAUAAGUUCUCUGGCCGCAACCCGCCGAAUAUAGAUGAACACGUUGGAAGGAAUCUAUGUGCGCGCAAAAUCACUUCGAAUCUUGCUGUUUUCAAAGUUAUGUGCAAUAAAAGUCGCGCGAGGCUACUUUCAGCGGUGAAAAGUUUCCAGGAAAUUUUCUUGAUUUUUUUCUAAUUAUUGAUACAAGUCGGAUUGAAAAUCUGUCCAAAUUAGUUCCUGAAAUCUCAGUCUUGUGUCGAUUCUUCAAGUGAAAUUAGAUUUUGCCUUCAGAUGAAUAAUUCCUAAAAAUCCUCAAAAUCAGUCAAACCAAAAGUUUCUCCCAAUAAUCAACGCAGCUACGUGCCGACAGCAUUUGAUAGUUAAAUUAAUCUGCAAAACUAUCAAUUUCUUUCGGACUUUCAAACAAAGUAUUUUUGAAAAGGACAUCGGCAUCAAGAAUAAUUGUUUCUGCUGGUUCACAAACUUGUUAUUGUCGCAGCUUUGGAAAAUUGCACACUCAUCGGAACGUUCAAGUACAACAUGUUGAUUCAUGAAAAUCAAAAGAUAACACUCCCGUUCCACAAUAUCCACUAAUUCCAGUGGAUAAAAUUAGAUCUCGUUCCGAAGUAUAUUUCUCUUGGCCCUGCCUAAAUAUUUGGCUGAAAAACUUACCGUGCAUCGUGAAAAAUUUGUAGAAGUACAUACGUCCAUUUGAUAACAAAAUCAUAAUCAAGAACUCUAUGAAAAUAUUUUUUUGAGAACUUGUCGCUCAGCUAAUUUGGAAAGUUGAACCGAUUUGAUUGUUGCCGCCGCUGAUUAUCUAAGAACUUUGGAUCAAAAUCAAUUUCUUGAUUUGAGUAUUUCAACGAGAAGUUUAAAAACAAUCCUCCUUGGUGAUUUUAUCUUCCAAAGAUGGGUGGAUAAAUAUACGCCGAUAGAGACAAUUUUCGGGCGCUUCAAUAUAAUAGACUCUGCAAUUAUCAGAACCUCCUUCAGUCGGGCCGAAACAUGGAUAGGUAAAUCCAGCCGAAAAGCCGCAAAAACCGUGGCCUGAACAUGAACUCGGUGGAACUGCUCUCCGAGUCACGCAAGGCGCGUGAUAUGGUGCGCGUGGCUGCACCCAGCGUGGACAAAGACCACUACGAGCCCAAGUACAAGCCGCUGACCAUGCCGCAGCGAUCUCCGUUCGCCAUCCAGGAGCUUCUGGGUCUCGGGGACUCGAACCCGAUCUCGCAGCACCGAAGUCCGACGGCAGGCAUUUCGGCCAUAACUCCGCAGCUCCAGCACCGCCCGGGGCCCAUGUCCAGCGUGGCCUCCAGCUUCGCCGCGCACCCGCACCAGAUGACCAUGGCGGCCAUGCAGAACGCCUCGCGGAUGGCCUACUUCAACGCCCAGGCCGCCGUGGCUGCAGCCUUCCUGCCGCAUAAUAUGGGCCCACUCAGCAAUCCCGCACUGAGCCCGGCUGCAGGUUUUCCCCAACUACAAAAAAAUUCCGGUUUUAAUUCUAACGCUUACGUCACAGGUUUAGGACAAUUACAUCAAGAGUCUGGAAAAGACUAUAGUGUAGAAACUUUAGGUGGUUCUUUUGGUUGCAGUAAAAAGAAAAAGAAACGACGACAUAGGACGAUAUUCACAACUUACCAAUUAGAAGAAUUAGAAAAGGCUUUCAAAGAUGCUCACUAUCCAGAUGUAUAUGCUAGAGAAAUGCUAUCACUUAAAACGGAUUUACCCGAAGAUAGGAUACAAGUUUGGUUUCAAAAUAGGCGAGCGAAGUGGCGGAAAACGGAGAAAUGCUGGGGUAGGAGUACAAUUAUGGCAGAGUAUGGUCUGUAUGGUGCAAUGGUGCGCCAUUCCUUGCCUUUGCCUGACACGAUCCUAAAAAGCGCCAAAGAAAACGAAUGCGUCGCUCCGUGGUUACUCGGGAUGCACCGAAAAUCACUGGAGGCGGCCGACCACCUGAAGGACGACUCAGCACCCUCGAACCCCAACUCGGACAAAGAGGGCUCCUCGGGGGAGUCCGACUCGGAGGACCAACGCGAGGACACCUCAGUCUCCGUCAAAUCCGACGGGCCCCCCAAGCCCCCAACGCCGCCCCACCCCGGGGAACAGGACCCCCCACACCUUCCCCCCGCCAACCCCGAGGAGCUCCGCAACCACUCCAUCGCGUGUCUUCGGGCCAAGGCCCAAGAGCACUCGGCCAAAAUCCUCAACUCCCUCACCGCGGAUAUGAUGCUCGUCAAUAACAACACGCUCCGCAAUAGCUUUAUGAAUAACAAUAACAGCGUUAGUAGUAACAACGGAGGCGGCGCUGAAGCGCACCCGACUGACGUCAAAUCGUCGGACACGUCGUCAUCGAUGUUCUGACCUGCGGAGAAGGUCGCCGAAAGCUAGGUCUUCAGCGGCGGCACCACCCUGCCCAAAGAUGGCUGAUUAUUUUAAUUUGUCGUCGAUCAUUUUAAAGGUGCAAGCCUCCACACUUUUGAAUCUAUUUGGGGUGGUAUUUUUAAGCAUUUCGCCAAUUUUGAUGGAUGUAAUUUGAUUACAUAAAUAGACAUUCAAAAUAUUCAUAAUUAUAACAAAAACAGUUGGUACCUAAAUCCAAAAUUUUCAAGAAAAUCAAAGACGAGUGAGAGGGCUGAUUUUGAAUACCUCAAAGGCUCAAAUUUAAAUAUUCAAAUACUGCGUUUUUGUCUCGGAAAUGUCCGAGUCCUUGAGUAGACCCUUUUUCCGUUUUUAUCAUACAUUUGUUUCAAAACAAGAAAAAAUUGUCAUUCCUGGAUUCAAUGUAUAACAUCGCUAAAUAGAAUUUACCCUUGCAGGUAAUUUUUCCCUAAGUUUUAAAAUUAUUAGAUUUUCCAGUUCUUAUCAGCUCAUAAUACUAUUCCUUAGGCAAUUCUGGGAACUUGUGAAAAUUAGUUCCCAGACUCAACGUAGUAUUUCUUAAGAGAUUUCUUUAGCAAUGCUCUCCUUACAGCCACAUGUGUCACAUAGCGUUUAAUACACAUGGGACAUCAUUUCAAUAAUUCUUAGUUCUUGUCUGAAUCCACACGGGUAUUACGGUAAAAGUUUCUGAAAACUUUCCAAGAAAAAUUUUGAUUCUGAUUUUGAAUUGAAAGUCUCAACAAACUCGCGAGGCUGACCCUCAAAGAUGCCAUGAUCUAGCUCUCUUUUCCUAAAAUGCGCGGUGGAAAAAAUUUUCAUUAUGAAAAUUCCAAAAGUGGCUGCAUAGUCACUAUCAACUUAGGUAAUUUUAAAAUAAAAUUUUCAUGUUUCUAGUCUCCACUUUUAUGAAAAUAAGUUGUAUAUAACUGGAUUUAAGGUGUACACAGUGUAAAAAAAGUUAAUGUAAAAUUCUAAAUACGUAAAUAUCAAUCAAAAUUUUUAAAAAUUAGAUAUGUCUGUAAACAUUUAAAUUCGGAGAGCUUUUAUUCAAGUAUAAUUAUGUUGUGUUCUGCAAUGGUGUAGUGAUAUUAUUUGUAUAUUGUUCUUUAUCAAAUGUAAAUAAGUGCAUUACACUUUUUUUACGUAUACUUACGACUCAGGACAGACUUUGAAAGAAGCAAUUCCAUAAUUCCAUCUUUCGUUCAUCCUUAAUUUGAAUUUUAUCUUUAACAAAUUCCAGAUUUUUCAGUUGAUAUGGUGCUUAAUUAGUUUUUAUCGGGCUCAUUCUUGAAAAUAUCGCUGAAAAUAUGUUUUUGCUCGACAAACAUGUCAAAUGAAUUCCAGCCAUUACAGCUGUUCGAUAUCCACUCUCAUUAUAUCGCUGCAGUAUUAUUAGUAUACCUACCAUUUACGUAAAAUGAGAUCUCAGCUAAGAUAAUAAAAUAUAAGGAAUUGUGGCUUCGCCAGAAUUUUAAUGUGCUAAAUUUGAGUGGCAUAAACAGAGAAACCCCACUUGUUUCUGAUGGUGUUACCUUGGUACCCUCCUGCUAACUCCUAGGAUAAAAAGGAGGAUAUCAAAGUAACACCAUCAUUAUGUGCCCCAAUAAAGUUUCAUCCUCCGAAUUUUCCGCUUUUUUCUAUUGCAGCAAUUCAAUGUUACCGUCUGAAUAUUGCCGAAUUUUUAUUGAAAUAUUCCCAAAGAAGAUAAUUUUUUGUAGCACAAAGCAAAAUGCUGAAAAUUUCUUAGAGAUAACAUCUACUCAUUUUCAUUUGGAGUAAUUUGAUCAUUGACGGUGAAACUAGAAAAAGCGUUCCUCUGUUUUUGGUGUUUGAAAUCCUCUGCCACGUUUAAAAUCGUCACCGUUUGGCGUGAAAAAUAACAUUUUUAUUUAACUACCGAAGAAUGUUAGUAAGCUAUAUUCGCUAGCAUUAAGUUGAAAAAUAUAUUAAGAGCAGUUUUACCGAAAAACUGCAAUUGAGGUACGUAUUUUUCUAGUUUCAUCAUCAAUACGUGAAAUUUGGAACCGUCAUACUCAAUCUGUGCUUAACAAAAUAUAUUCAAACUUUCAUCAGAAAAAUAUAAUGAUAAUUAUAUACAAUGAUUAUAAUUUAAAGUGCAUUACGUAGAGCCACCCUCCUCAUGCAUGAUUUCAAGCUUAUUUUUGUCGAAGAGCUUUGAUAUAAACUUUUAGAGAUUAUCUCUGAGGCUUUCACUACCUCUACCACUAAUAAUAAUUGAUCUGCUUUAGUUCAGUCGCAAACAGAUUUCCUGUAACCAUUUUCCGAUGUGUAAUCAUAGACAAAUACAACAAAACAAUACAAUACAAUAAGCCAAAAACAUUUCUGGGAAAAAUAAACGAAAUAAAUCAGUUUCAUAAACUUACUACUUUCGUUUUACAACUUGUUACUCAUAAUGAAAGCAUUAUCCGUGCUUCAACGAAGCACACUCUGGACCAGCCAAAGUGCGGUCACAAAACUCUAGCAAUUUUCGUUAUUCCAAAGACACCUAUUCUGUCCUUUUUUCGGUUUUGUAAAAAAAAAUCCUCUUUCACAAUUCUAUGGUAUUUAUAAAUCAUCUGUAUUUUAGAAAUAAAUAUGUGAAAAACUGUACAUAGAUAUAUAGUGUAUUUAUAAAUAAAAAUCUAAAGAUGCGCCUGACCGGCAUGCAAUUGAUCCGUUAUACUAUUAAAAUAUUUGUCUCUGUAUACUUUUUUCAAUGUGCAACAUUAAAAUAAUAUAACGUCUAAGUAAAAUA